AUUGUCCAUCGCCCUCCCUCGACUCUUCGUGUUUACAGUCUAUAAAAGAAUUGACCAUCAGCUCAUUGUGAUCUGUGCGCCUGCGCUUGCAGCUGUGUUGUGUUGUGUAGUGCUGACCUGUUAAAGGAACUCGAACAAUGAAGUUGGCGACCGUGAUCGUCCUCGCAUGUUUCGUGGCUGUAGCGGCGUCAGCACGACACGAGCAUUACCCGGCUGAAGACGCCCUCCCUGAGGAGGCUGUGCAGGAGGCCACACUCGAUACCGCGCAGGAGAAUCUCAGACCGAAGAGGAGUCUACUGCUGCUAAAAAAGAAAUUGAUUCUUGGUGCUUUGGGGCUAAAAGCAGCCAAAGCAGCAGCAGUGGGAGCUAUAGUACUCAAAUCCAAACCAAAGUCAGUACAUCAUGAAAUCCACAUAGCUAAUGGCCAUCCUAUUCAUCCUAUUCACCCGACAUGGGGCUUGGAAGUCCACCGCUUCGGGUAAUGCGUUGGAAUUUGCAAGUCUUGCUGUAGACGACAACAUCGAGAAGAGGGAGAUACACCACAUUUGGGCAUAAGUGUUCAUUAUAAGGCUAAUUAAAUUGUGAAUGCACUGACUGUCAUGUUUUGUCACUAAAUUUAAAACGUACUGAUGAGGCUGUAAAAAAUAUGUUGAACGGUUACACAAAUUUCGAUAUGUACCUAUUAAUCUUAGUGAUGUGUAAUGUCAUGUAUCUAUUUGAUCAUAGAAAUCGAUGAUCGAUUCCAAUUUAUGUCAUAUUGGUGGCUGAAAAACACUUAAAUCUACAUUCAUUGCAGUAUGUUAUGUGGUUUGUGCCAUUUUAAUAAUUUGGAAGGUCAGUAGGAAAAAAAGCACCAUGAAUUGUUUAUACAUUUUGUGAAGACAAAGCCUUUUUUAAUCUUAAUUAUUUCUUAGGUAAUUAGUGAGAUAUAAUUGUGUAAAUAUUAGGUAAAGUAGGUGUUAGCUUGAUUUAUAAAGUUGAAUGUCAUUUAAUUAGCAUCUUUGAAACAGUAUAAGAAUUGGUAUCUUUACGUUCAAUUGUUAAUUAAACGAAUUAAUAUGUA